CCCGGGCAUCCGCGGGGGCGGGGGCGGCGCGGCUGCUGCAGGAGCCGCUGUCCCUCUGUCCUGCUGUCCCUUUGUCCCGCUCUCCCUCUGUUCCCGCUGCUGCCCCUGCUGUCCCGCUCUUCCUCUGUCCCGCUGUCCCCGCUGCUGUCCCUGCUGUCCCGCUGUCCCUCCGUCCCGCUGUCCCCGCUGCGGUCCCGCUGUCCCGCAGCUGCCGCCGCCGCUCAGCGCGAUGCCGCUGCAGCAGGGCUCGGCCCGGGCCCGGCAGCGCACCGUGCUCCUGGCGGGCAUCGCCGUGCUGCUGGCCGCCCUGGUCCUCGCCGUGGUGCUGGCCUCUCUGCUGACCCACGGCAGGCACGAGGUCAGUCCCCAAAUGCUGAAGUGGAAGGACAGGGGGACCACGAAGAACUUGCAAGAAGUUAUUGUGGGAAGAUGCUACAACUACAUCACGGCGCAGCACCCGGAGCUGGGAGAUAAGGAUUGUCUAAAAAUAUGGGAAUCAUUAAAAGAUGCCUUCAUUUACAAGAACCCCUGUAAUAUCACACCAGAAGAUUACCAGCCUUUGAUGGAGCUGGCAAGUCACCCUAUACCCUGCAACAAGUCACUGUUUUGGAGCAAGACAAACGACCUCGUUCAUCGUUAUACAAAAUCCAAUCAGAAUUUCCUCACCUUGGAGGACACCUUGCUGGGUUAUAUGGCUGACAGAGUUUCAUGGUGUGGAGACCCCUCUGCCCCAGGAAUCAACUAUGAAUCUUGUCCAAAACGAAAUGAAUGUGAGAGCAACCCUGGCUCUGUGUUCUGGAAAAUGGCCUCCAAGAUGUUUGCAGAAGCAGCUUGUGGUGUGGUUCAAGUGAUGCUCAAUGGAUCAGUGGAAGCUGGAGCUUUCAGGAGCAGCAGCAUCUUUGGAAGUAUUGAGAUCUUUAACCUGGAUCCAGAUAAAGUCACUGAAGUGCACAUUUGGCUCAUGCAGAACAUUGGUGGCCCUCAAAGUGAAUCCUGCUCAGGUCAGUCCAUUCAGAGGUUAAUAAACAUUCUAGAAGAACGAAACUUUAAGAUCAUCUGUGAAGACAAUUACAGGCCUGUUCAGCUCCUUCAGUGUGUGCACAACCCAGACCACACAGACUGCAGGCUUUGCACCAACAGCUCAGCAAUUCCCUGAAGCAGAGUUCUCUGUGCCACUGAAGAAUUCCCUGACUUGUGUGCAAAGCUGGAGAGGAUGUGGCUGCAUAGCUGAGAGUGAUAACAGUAGCAUGGUGUGUGCUGAGUGCAUAACCAGAAAUCCUUGCUGUGGUACUAACAGCCAGAUAGCAGGAGAUGGUACCUGAGCUGUGAUGCUGUACACACACACACACACAAACACACCCAAACAAACAUACAAACACUGUUUCAGAUGGUCAGCAAUUGAGGGCAGAUGCUUUGCCCUGGUUUGCUCCCCUCUGUACAGCUUGCCACUGGCACAGAGCAGGGAUUCCCUGGGACAUGCACAAAGAAAGAGACUUUCCAGGAUAGGCAGAACUGGCCUAGAUCAGUGCUGGAACUUUGCCUGGAUCAUCUUCUUUCCUGCUGAAAGGUUAAGCAGGAAAUGACCAGGGCAUGCUGCAUUUUCCCUGCAUCCCAGUGCAAAUUUCCCCAGAGGGGAAUGUUGCCCGUUGGCACAUGGUAUAAAUCGUGGCUUUCCCAGGUACUGUGACACUUCUGACCAGGUAAAGCAAGCAAUGCAAUAGGCACAGCAGUUCUUGCCUUUUAAUGGGUAUCACAGUAAGCAGCUGGAGGGAAGACAGCUGAGCUGAGCUAAGAAAAAACCAGAACCUGCUCAGAGGGUUGCCUGCACCUGUAAAAACUGCUUAGUAUGCAGCUGGGAGAGAAAAUAGUGAGGCUGACUCAGAUAGCUCCAUUAAAAACCUAGUGGAUACACCAUUGCUGCUCAGAUUACAUUUUGUUCUUAAUAUAGCAGUAAACAGCAGCCUUCCAACUUUCAUAAAAGGUCCCCCAGGCCACAGCGUGGCCAUGCACUGGAAUAGAAACAAACAUCAAAUGGUUGCCACAAUAAGGAGUCUCUCUUGACCUCAGUUUCUGCAGUGAAAGGUGAUGCCUUGGGGUGUAGAAUUCACAAGCACUGACAUGCUGUGGUGCACUGAAACAGCAGCUUUCAGUGAUUUCCUGAUUUCCAUUUUACCAGUCUCAAGUGCAGUUUCUAGCAAAAAAGUGUCUGAGGCCAGCUUUGGCCACGGCUGCAGCGCCAUUGACAGCAAGAGAGCAGAGCAGGCUUUGCUGCAGACACACUCCCAGGUGCUGAGGUGACAGUGUGAGCAGCAGCUGCCAAACCUGCAGGCACACUGGGCUUUCCAUGGUCCCACAGGGAGAAGGUUUUACUGUCACAAGUUUUAGUGACUGCCCAGAGUGCACAGCAUCGUUAUGGAGCUGCACAAGCUGGUGUGAUUCUGAGCAUCUCUAGAUAAGCCUCAUCUCUUCAAUAGCAAUAGAAGCCUGCACUGAGCCUGGCUGGACCAACCCAAGACCUCACUUAUAAUGUUUACAUUAAGUGAAAUGUAUUUUUAUUUGCAAGAUGUUAUGUAACUUCUUAGACGAAUCAACACAGACACAAACCAAUACUUUCAAAUAGGAUAUUUCUGACUAUCAGUUACAAGUUUGUCUUCAUGCUCACUUUUGUACUUCUGUUGCAAUAUAUUGACUGUAAAAUUAAGAUCUCUAAUAAAAUUGCUGAUGAGAAAUGUUCUU